AUGGCAAGCAAACAGCGAGAAAUCCAGUUACAGGAGACCAUCAAUAAUCAAAGCCUGUGGGAGGAGAUGUUGCAGAACAAAGGCCUAACAGUGAUCGAUGUUUACCAAGCCUGGUGUGGACCUUGCAAAGCAAUGCAAACCUUAUUCAGAAAAUUGAAAAAUGAGCUGAACGAAGAUGAAAUUCUGCAUUUUGCUGUAGCGGAAGCUGACAGCAUUGUGACUUUGCAGCCAUUUAGAGAUAAAUGUGAACCUGUUUUUCUCUUUAGUGUUAAUGGCAAAAUUGUGGCAAAAAUCAAGGGUGCAAAUGCACCACUUGUGAGUCAAAAAAUUAUUACCUUGAUCAAUGAGGAGAAGAAAAUUGCAGCAGGUGAAAUGGUUCGACCUCAGUAUCAUGAAAUUGUGUUUGUAGACUCAGAUUCAGAGGAUGCUGGGGAAGCAAGCUAUGGAAGUGUUGACCAACUAUACAGCAUUGCCAUUAUCAAACCCAAUGCUGUGACUGCUAGAAAAGUUAAAGAAAUUAAAGAAAAAAUUAUCGAUGCAGAAUUUGUCAUAGAAGCAGAGGAUAAGAAAAUGCUCACUGAAGAACAAGUGAGGUACUUCUACAGCCGAAUAGCAGACCAGCCUGACUUUGAAGAUUUUGUUUCUUUUAUGACAAGUGGCCUAAGCUAUAUUCUAGUUGUAUCGCAAGCAAAGGAAAAAUGGCCUUCCUGGGAUGGAAGUGAAUCUAAUUCUGAGACGGAAUCUAAAGAACCAUGGGAUGAUCACGAGAAGACGGCCAAGUCCUCGGGGAUGAAGCAGAAGAGGGAAAGUUUCCAAGAAUACCUAGAAAGACAACAAAUAUCUCAGUUUUGUGAUGUUGAAGAGAAUAUAAGUAAUACUAAGUUUAUUGAUGUCUUCAUCCCUGAUUUUAAAAAAAUUAAAGGCAUAAAAUUAGAAAAGAUACUGGCAUUACUUCGACCAGCCCUCUUUAACAAAAGGAAAGAGGAUGUUUUGAAUAUUAUUCAAGAUGAAGGCUUUAAAAUACUGAUGCAGAGACAAAUAGUGUUAUCAGAAAAAGAAGCAAAAACACUGUGCAUGGAACAUGAAAAUAAAGAUUAUUUUGGAAAUCUUAUAGAAAAUAUGACCAGUGGUCCAUCUCUAGUCCUUGUUUUAGUAAGAGAAAAUGGUUUAGGACACUGGAAACAGUUAAUUGGACCAAGCUCUGUGGAAGAAGCCAAAGAAUACCUUCCAGACAGUUUAUGCGCACAAUUUGCAAUGGAGAGUUUGCCUAUCAACCAGUUGUAUGGAAGUGAUUCACUAGAAGCUGCCGAAAGGGACAUACAGUAUUUCUUUCCUCCUGAACACACUGCAGCACUGAUUAAACCUCAUGUAACACAAGAGCAAAGAGAGGAUAUCCUGACGCUUAUCAAAGAGGCUGGAUUUGAUAUAACACAGAUGAAGGAGACGCUCCUAACUGAAGAGGAAGCGGACAAAAUUUAUUUUAAAAUAAAAGGAAAAGCCUUUUAUAAAGAUGUAUUGGAAGUUUUAUCGGAGGGUCCAUCUUUGGUCAUGAUCCUGACCAAGUGGAAUGCUAUUUCAGACUGGAGACGAUUGAUGGGUCCCACAGACCCAGAGGAAGCAAGAUUUCUGUCCCCAGACUCUAUCCGAGCCCAGUUUGGAAUAAGUAUGUUGAAAAAUGCUGUCCAUGGAGCUUCUGAUAUGCAGGAGGCAGUGGAGGCUAUUAAUAGAGUGUUUGAAGACUUUGUUGCUGAGAACCCUGAGAAAAACUAA